AUGUGUGCACGUUUGAUCAAUGACUCCAAGUUUAAUAAUCUUAUUGCUACCGAUACAGAAAUAACAUUUCAAAAAGUGUUAUUAAAAAAAUGUCACGAUGUUUUUUAUUCAAACUAUCAAGAAGAAUUGAAUAAAUUAAAAGAUACAAUGAAAAAUGAUAAUAUGGUACCGAAGAAGUGUUUAUCCGGCGUUCUAAAUAAUUUUCUAUUCGAUUUCCAGAAAAGAUCCAUAUGCAAUUGCAGAUUUAUUGGCGUACUGUUUAAAAACGGCGCGUUCCCAGAAAAGUAUAUACUCAAGUGCAUUGGAGAUUUAGGUAAAGAGAAGAAUGACAACAACUAUGAACUACAAAUGCACUGUUUGUGUAUAAUAUUACAAUCAGUUGGGCUAAUAUUAUCAAAAACGUCAUAUGAUUUGAACAAAAAAAUCAAUAAACUUGUAUCGUCUAUGGAAAACCAUGGGAUGUCAUCGACAUUAAAAUGUUUGAUAAAGAAACUAAAAAUAAUGAAUUCCAAGGGUUGGAUGGAUGAGGGUAAUUGUUUUUAG